CGAUUCCUCUUCGGCUACAAUCGGUUGGCUCUCUUGAACUCGGCUCCCUUCGGCUACAUCCGGCCUACUCUCAGUCGGCCAUUGCAGCUACCUCUGUUCCGCGCUCCUUCGGCCCUGGCGUCUCUCCCUGCGUUCGGCCAGCGUUCGGCUAGACUCGGCUCUUUCCGUCAGCGUGCGGCCGCGGUCCCGGAAGGGCGCCCAUGGAGCCAGGCCUGCCGGGCGGACGCCAGAGUAUGGCGCCGCUGUUGGAGUACGAGAGGCAGCAGGUGCUGGAACUGCUCGACAGCGACGGGCUGGUGGUGUGUGCCCGCGGACUCGGCACCGACCGGCUCCUCUACCAUUUCCUGCGGCUUCACUGCCACCCGGCCUGCCUGGUGCUGGUGCUCAACACGCAGCCGGCCGAGGAGGAAUAUUUUAUCAAUCAGUUGAAGAUAGAAGGAGUUGAACAUCUCCCUCGACGAGUGACAAAUGAAAUCGCAAGUAACAGUCGCUAUGAAGUCUAUACGCAGGGUGGUAUUAUAUUUGCAACAAGCCGAAUACUCGUGGUUGAUUUCUUGACAGGUAGAAUACCUUCAGAUUUAAUAACUGGCAUCCUCGUGUACAGGGCACACAGAAUCAUUGAGUCCUGCCAGGAAGCCUUCAUCCUGCGCCUCUUCCGCCAGAAAAACAAGCGCGGGUUCAUCAAAGCUUUCACCGACAACGCUGUUGCCUUUGACACUGGCUUUUGUCACGUGGAAAGAGUGAUGCGGAACCUUUUUGUGAGGAAGCUCUACCUGUGGCCAAGGUUCCAUGUAGCAGUCAACUCAUUCUUGGAACAACACAAGCCUGAAGUUGUAGAGAUUCACGUGUCCAUGACUCCCGCCAUGCUUGCCAUUCAGACGGCCAUACUAGACAUCUUAAAUGCGUGUCUGAAGGAACUGAAGUGCCACAACCCGUCACUAGAAGUAGAAGAUUUGUCACUAGAAAACGCUCUUGGGAAGCCAUUCGACAAGACAAUCCGCCAUUACUUGGACCCUUUGUGGCAUCAGCUUGGAGCCAAGACUAAAUCCUUGGUACAGGAUUUGAAGAUACUAAGAACCCUGCUGCAGUAUCUCUCGCAGUACGAUUGCGUUACAUUUCUUAAUCUUCUGGAGUCUCUGAGAGCAACAGAGAAGGUGUUUGGUCAGAAUUCAGGUUGGCUUUUCCUGGAUGCUAGCACCUCCAUGUUCGUGAAUGCUCGUUCCCGAGUUUACCGCGUUCCAGAUGUCAAACUGAGCAAAAAGGCCAAAACAUCAGAAAAGAUGGCGAGUCCAGAAGUUCAAGAAACAAAAAAAGAACUGGUUCUAGAGAGCAAUCCAAAGUGGGAGGCGCUGACUGACGUCCUGAAAGAAAUCGAAGCAGAAAAUAAGGAGAGUGAAGCCCUUGGUGGCCCAGGCCGGGUGCUGAUCUGUGCAAGCGAUGACCGCACGUGCUGCCAGCUGAGAGACUACCUGUCUGCCGGUGCAGAAACCUUCCUGCUGCGACUUUAUAGGAAAAUGUUUGAGAAGGAUGGCAAAGCAGAAGAAGUGUGGGUAAAUGUUAGAAAGGGGGACGGCCCGAAGAGAACUACAAAAUCUGACAAAAGACCAAAAGAUGCCCCAAACAAGGAGCGUGCUUCCGCCAAAAGGGGGGCCCCUCUCAAAAGGAAGAAGCGAGAGCUGACUCUGACACAAGUUUUGGGGACCGCUGAGGAGCCGCCAGAGGACAGGGCUUUGGAGGAAGACCUGUGCAGACAGACCAGCAGUAGCCCAGAAGGCUGCGGGGGAGAGAUUAAGCAUGAAUCAUUUGAUUUAAAUGUGUCAUCUGAUGCAGCCUAUGGCAUCCUGAAAGAGCCCCUGACCAUCAUCCAUCCGCUUCUAGGGUGCAGCGACCCCUAUGCCCUGACGCGGGUACUGCACGAGGUGGAGCCCAGAUACGUGGUUCUGUAUGAUGCAGAGCUCACCUUUGUUCGUCAACUGGAGAUCUACAGGGCUAGCAGGCCUGGGAAACCUCUGAGGGUUUACUUUCUUAUAUACGGAGGCUCCACGGAAGAGCAGCGCUACCUGACUGCUCUGCGGAAAGAAAAGGAAGCCUUUGAAAAGCUCAUAAGGGAAAAAGCUAGCAUGGUUGUCCCCGAAGAACGGGAAGGCAGAGAUGAGACCAACCUGGACCUAGCAAGAGGCUCAGCAGCCCUGGAUGCUCCCACGGACACUCGGAAAGCCGGUGGCCAGGAGCAGAAUGGCACCCAGUCCAGCAUCGUGGUGGACAUGCGUGAGUUUCGGAGUGAGCUCCCAUCUCUGAUCCAUCGGCGGGGUAUUGACAUAGAGCCAGUGACUCUGGAGGUGGGUGAUUACAUCCUGACACCUGAGCUGUGUGUGGAGCGCAAAAGUGUGAGCGACCUCAUUGGCUCGCUGCACAGUGGCCGCCUGUACAGCCAGUGCCUAGCCAUGUCGCGCUACUACCGGAGGCCUGUGCUGCUCAUUGAGUUUGACCCGAGCAAGCCCUUCUCCCUGGCGCCACGAGGUGCCUUCUUCCAAGAGAUGAGCAGCAACGACGUGAGCUCCAAGCUUACACUCCUCACCUUGCACUUCCCGCGUUUGCGGCUGCUCUGGUGCCCCUCGCCCCACGCCACAGCCGAGCUGUUUGAGGAGCUGAAGCAGAACAAGCCACAGCCUGAUGCGGCCACAGCCAUAGCCAUCACCGCAGACUCAGAGACGCUGCCUGAGUCGGACAGAUAUAACCCCGGCCCCCAAGACUUUGUGCUGAAGAUGCCCGGGGUCAACGCCAAGAACUGUCGCUCCCUGAUGAACCAAGUGAAGAACAUCGCAGAGCUGGCCACCCUGUCCCUGGAGCGGCUCACAACCAUCCUGGGGCACUCGGGAAAUGCCAAGCAGCUGCACGACUUCCUGCACACUGCCUAUGCAGACUUGGUCUCCAAAGGCAGAGUGAGAAAGUGACUGCUCUCACAUAGCUAUUUAUUGAUCAUUUGCAUAGCAAUUCAUUCUUUUCCAGGGCGUUCUGUCCCCCGGGGCAUUGGUCCAGAGCCAGAACUUCCCCUGGGGCUCUGUACUGAGGUGUGUGCCUGUCUUCCCUUGCUGGCUCUCGCCCCUCUGUGCUCUGUCUGGGCCAGGCCUGCACUGAUCCAUUUUCAAUAAGGUGUGGUGAGAUCUUGCCCCUUGAAGUAAGCACAAACUAUGUUUACUUUUCAGGCUGGUAAAAGCACUGCACCACGGUCCUAACACUGGCUGCACAGGGCUUGGUGGGCCUGAGGCAGGACUGCUGUUGCUUCUUCCCCACCCACACAGAGACAAACUAGCCCUCUAGCCUCCUAGUCACCAGGUAUAUGUAACAUGUACUGUGACUCGGUUGUGUUUUUCACAGAAUUAAUUGCUUACGGACAAGAUUGGAUGAGGUAAUAAAGGGCUCCUCAGAA